UCCUCUUGCGACGAGCUUUCCAGGAAGCCCAAGAUUGAAAAAAAAUCGUCAAAAGGAGACUAAAAUCAUAGCCCGGAGAAUUAUGGAAUUUGAGAUGUCAAUCCACACUGUACUGUCAUUGGUCAUCUGCUACUAUGUACUCACCGGUACUACAGUGAUGAGUUGUCCUGCAUCCUGUAGGUGUUAUGCACCUGAUUACCGUGUAUUUUGCUACAGUGGCGGAUUAACAAUGGUGCCUGGUGGAAUACCGAAUACAACAAAAGAUCUAUAUUUGUACAAUAAUCAGAUCCAGACUUUAAGUGGUGGUGUGUUCUCUGGUCUAAUCAACCUCGAAAGACUAGAUUUGAGGAUUAAUCAGAUCCAGAGUUUAAGUGAUGGUGUGUUCUCUUGUCUAACAACCCUGCAAACACUAUAUUUGAGCAAUAAUCAGAUCCAGAGUUUAAGUGAUGGUGUGUUCUCUUGUCUAACAAACCUCCAAACACUAUAUUUGGACAACAAUCAGAUCUCAACAAUAGGUAGUGGUGUUUUUACUGGUCUACCAAACCUCCGCACCCUGUGGCUAUUUGAUAAUCCUCUUCUUCUGACACAAUGUCUUUCUGUUCCGUUACCUUCCCUCGAUUUAUCCGCUGAAUACUGCACUUCCUGCGUUCGUGUCGACCAACGUGUCAAGUCUUGUUUGGAAAAAGAUAUACAAUGGGUUUCAACCACUCCACAAUGGGACUCCACUACUACUCCUACUUACUCUCUUUUGACUUUUCUUCUUGGAAUUGGUGGCGGGAUAGUCUUCGGAUUUUUGGCUGCUUUUUUUGUGGUUGUAAUUAUUUUGUUGGCGCGGAAGAAAGUGAGGUUCACUAAGCCUAAGAUCAAAGAGCAAGCUAGGCCUACACAAAAUGAAGCAUAUGAAGAUGCUACUAUUGCAGAGUGUACCCUCACUGAUAGUCGUGCUUACGAACUCCCACCGGGUGCAGAGCAACCACAACCACAAUAUAUGACUGUUCUUCCAUAGUUAUUGCCUUCAAUACAGUUCACCUUAGGCCUCGGCGGAUAGUGCUGGCAUGUUUCAUGCAUAUUAACUUGACUGUAGCAUGUGGAUCGCGCCAUGGAUAAAAUACUUGAUAUUUGCCGCUUCUUUAGCAUCUUCAAUAUUCUUCACAGUAUUCAACCAUUUCCGUGCUCUGCGAUUACUAAAAACUAGGGAUGAAACGAUUACACCGAUUACUCGGGACAUACUCGUUAUCUCUAUGAUCGCUACUCGUUAUGCUGUUAUCGAGUAUGCACUGCCUGUACAUGUCAUGUAC